UUUCAUGCACUAUGAUUUCCCACAACUACAACUUGGCCCCUUCCUUCAGCUGACUCUUCCCCUCUCAUAAACCCUAAAAUCAGAUUUCCAGAGAAUCGGAGUACACCGAGUGAGCUCAUCUCUUCAAUGGCGAUUCUGGCGAGGACGAGGCCCCUGACCCGAACUCUUAAUUCGAUCAAGUCCAUUUCCACCUUCACCUUCCUUUCCCAAGAACCGCAGCUGGCAGCCGAACCCGAAAAUGUUCCCCCAACUCCACUCCCUCCGAACCCGGCCUCCGGCAGCCCUAUGUACCAAGAGAAUUGGCGGAGGCCCGUCCAGAGCCACGGCGUGGCGCUGCCUCAGUCGUUCAGCCCUUUCCAGCAAGCUCCCGUCGCCCGUAUGCAGGCGAUGUAUCAGAGCUACGACGUGGGCUCGCUGCUGAACUUGUUCGCCGAUUGGAUGACGUCGCAGCGGUGGUCGGAUAUGAAGGAGCUGUUCGAGUUCUGGGUGCGGUCGUUGGAUAAAAACGGCAUCCCCAACAAGCCGGAUGUAGAUUUGUACAACCACUACUUGAGGGCCAAUCUGAUGAUGGAUGCUACUGCUGGCGAUUUGCUUGAUUUGGUUGCGCAGAUGGGAGAUUUCGAUCUCGCGCCAAAUACGGCUUCUUUCAAUUUGGUGCUGAAAGCUAUGAACCAGGCCAGAGAGACGGAGGCUGCAGAGAAGUUGUUGCAACGGAUGGAGGUCACAGGGAAAGAAUCUCAGCCAGAUGAUGAGUCAUAUGACUUGGUCAUUAGCAUGCUUUUCCAGACAGAUCAAAUUGAUUCUGCCUUGAAGUAUAUCGAGAAGACGUUGAAAAUGGGUGGCAUGUUAUCCAUGGCAGUAUUUAAUAACUGUGUGCAGACUUGUAUCCGCAAGCGGAGACUCGAUGUAUUGGCAUCUAUUAUUGAGAAAUGCAAGACAACGGAUCAGAACAAAGCACUCUCCCCAACUUGGAACAUGUGCUACAACAUUGCUGAAGCUGCAAUGGAAGGGGAUAACAGUAACCUUGCAUUCUAUGCUCUGGAGUUCAUGGCCAAAUGGAUAGCCAGAGGGGAGAUUGCUCGUCCUGCUGUACUUCUUUCUGUAGAUGAAGGACUGAUUGUGUCAGCACUUGCCACUGCUGGCAGGACACACAGUCCUACUCUCCUAGAUGCAUCAUGGGCAGUUCUUCGCCGUUCAUUACGUGGUAACAAAGCUCCUAACCCCGAGUCAUAUCUUGGAAAGAUAACUGCACAUGCAUCUUUGGGGAGUCUACAAAAGGCUUUUGCUACUCUGAAUGAAUUUGAGGCUGCUUAUGGGAAGGCUGACCAAGAAAUACAAGAAGAGCUAUUCUCCCCCUUUACUUCCUUGCGACCAUUAGUUUUGGCUUGCUCCAAGAAUGGUUUCGAGACUCUUGACUUGGUAAUUUUUUCACUUGGAAGUCAGCAUUUAGUAUUUAUAACUGUUUCAAAGUUAAUUCUUUCUUUCAUGAUAAAAUAUGGAUCUAAUAUGUCCCAUGAUUCAAGUUUAAUUUUCAUGAAUCCCGCAAAAUUUAUUUUCACUUGGUGUCUUAAAUGUGCUUCUUUAAACUUUUGCCGCCAGGUGUACUAUCAACUGGAGAACUUGAGCAAAGCUCAACCACCAUACAAAUCCGUUGCUGCUCUUAACUGUGUAAUAUUGGGGUGUGCAAAUGUUUGGGACCUUAACCGUGCGUACCAGACAUUUGAGGCGAUUGGGCCUUCUUUUGGUUUGGCCCCUGAUAUCCACUCAUUUAAUGCACUGAUGUUUGCAUUUGGAAGGUCGAAGAAGACAGAUGAAGCUUUAAAGGUGUUUGAACACAUGAUAGGCUUGGGUAUUAAGCCCAAUGUAAUGUCGUAUUCAUUGAUCAUCGAUGCUCAUCUCAUCAGCCGAGAUGUAAAAGCUGCUCUAAUCACUAUUGAUCAGAUGGUAUCUGAAGGAUUUGUCCCCACGAAGGAAAUCCUAAAGAAGAUCAGAAGACGUUGUGUACGAGAAAUGGACUAUGAAAACGAUAAAAAGGUGGGAUCUUUGGCUACACAGUUCAACAUUAGGCUGGGUGGAGAGAAUCGUAGGAACAUGCUAUUCAAUCUCCAAUAUAGCACCGAGUUCGCUUGAUGGGAUGGCACAUGAAUGUUCUUGGUCAAUCUUAGUUUACAAGCUCAACCUUGUUCUCUGUUCUUCGUUACAUCAGUUCAUGCUUGUAAAGUACCUGAUUGUACUCUUCUUCAAGCGAUGAUUACUCACUAGAAUCAUCAAUCCACAACAAAAAGCUCUGAGAUGUGGUUUCUGAACUCUGGUGGCAGUGAGACAUGGAUUGCCAAGGAUUUUGUAAUAAAUGGUAGGAUAAAUCUGUUGUUCUUUUGGAUUUGAAGUUGAGUUACUGGCAUCCUAGGAUAACCUUUCUUACAGUAGAAAAUGUUAUGCUAGGUCAGUAUAGUAAUAGAAACAGGCUUCUCUUUUAUACCCUGAAUACAUGGCUUUUUGCUAGUUGUUACCAUUUCUGUGUUCUUUCCUUAUAUAAUGGUUCACUGCUCGAAAUGCUUGCCAAAGAGUAGAAGAAAGAUUAUAAGGAAGAGCUGUAUCCUUGUCAUUGCUAAAAACAACAGAGGGAAGAAUUACUUGCAAUUGAGUUGCCUUCGUUCGUUAUGGUAGUAGGGAGGAAGAAAUAAUGUAAAAGGCUCAUAAUGGUUUGUAUACAGAUUCCGUGCCUUGAUCAUUGGUCAGAGUUGAAAGGGUCUCCAGUCUCUUGUUUAUUUGUUCUGUGUUAGGUUGUCUCUAACUGUUAGUUUGAUCAGAGACUGUUGGGUCAUCUUUCCUUAUGAUGAUGGUGGUUUAGCAGCUGCCUUCUGU